AUGGAUAUUCCAAAACCUGUUGAGGGCGAUGUUGACAUUGGAACUGGUACAUUUCAGGCUUGCUGGGUCCUCACAGCCAUUGUCGGCGUAGCAUUGUUGUUCCGCUAUGCCGUCAAGGCCUGGGUGCGUUGGGCUUUGCCGCAGGUCACUGCACCCGGCCGAAUCUGGGGUAUAGAGGACUUGUUCUUCCUCGUAGCUUGGGGUUUUGAUAUUACUCAUAUGAUAUUUAUUCAACUGAGUGCCAAUUGGGGUCUCGGGAGGCAUUUCUUCUACUUAACGGGUGAAGAACGUCUUAAUGCUAUGAAAUGGGACUUCCUUUCACAGCCUUUGGCUGUCACUUCGGCGAUGAUUUCUCGCGCAGGCAUGAUGUGGUUCCUUUUGACCUGCUUUGCGGCAAGCGACAAGAAUAUUCGCAAAUCUAUUAUUAUCUGCGCUAUUGUUCAAGUCGUUGUCAAUAUGGUUACCAUUGUCCAGAUCAUUGUCCAGUGCGGACCGAACCCAUAUCAAACGACUGAUCGAGUUCAAUACUUCCACUAUAUGUGGACACCACUCCCUGAAGAUGGCUCCGUCAAGUGCCAAUCACCGGCCGUCCAGACAACUAUCGGAUUUGUGCAAGGAGGGUUCAACACCGCCAUCGAUUUCUUCCUCGCUGUACUCGCUGCCGUCGAACUCUGGCAAUUCUUUUUACGAACUCUCCACCGUAAUCCAAACAUAACGUUCUGGUCCCAAUUCUGCAAAAUCAGUGGCACCGUCCGAUCCCGCCGGAUUUGGCAGACCAUCACUCUCAGUGGACCACUGAUCCUCUCCGGGUGUGCUUCUAUUGUAAAGACCUAUAAACUCAAAUCCCUCGGUGACAGGCAGGACUUUACAUACAACAUCGUGACGUUUGUUCUCUGGGUAAAAAUUGAAAACUACAGCAUCCUUCUCGCCUCCUGUGCCCCAGUAGCCCGUCUCUUCCUCCGCUCCUUCGUCGACCACAGACGCGAAGGCCGCACUCACGGCUACUGGUCUCGCACCCCGUCGAGUGGCCACAACGAGCCUGACACAGAGCUAAAACGCCGCGCUAAUGCAAAGGACCAUUGGCUGGAUUCGACGACAGUAACUAAUAUGACCAAUACUGGCAUUCACGAUGAGGAGAAUCCGGCGACUCGGUGGGAUGUGUAUGAGCAUGAGCGCUCGAGUAAUCGGGUUUCGAAGGCGGAGAUGGCGGGGCAGCUUGAUGAUGGAUUUGUUACUGUCAAGACAGAUAUUGUUGUUCAGGUUGGUAAUAGGCGGUCGACUUCUUCGGGUGGAACGAAGUUGUUACCUGGUGGUGAGGCUCAUUCUGGGGGCUUUCAUUGA